AUGCCGUUUGUGAAGGAAGGGCUGGGCUUGAAUGAAGCCUACGAGGUGACUGCGGCACAGAGAGUCACGCCAAUCGAUCGCCUGUUUGGGUGGGACAAAGGCAUCAUUGCUUCCCGGGAUGAUUUGGAUCCCUUUAUGGACUCCCGCGAUGAGAUGAAUUAUGUCUCCGUCAGUCUGGACAAGCCGUUGGGUUUAGAGUUCCUGGAGAACGGCGCAGAAGAGGGUGGAGGUGUCCUGAUCGGCAAGGUGCAGCCAACAUCCAACGCUGACCAAACUGGUUUGCUCAGAGCUGGCUAUCACCUCGUGUUUGUGAACGGUACGCCCGUUCACGGCUUGCCCUUCGAUGCCGCCAUCCGGCCCAUCGUAGAGUCGGAAGGGGCUGUGCAGCUCACAUUCUUCAUGGGCGAGGCGGAGUACUUCUAUGGCGAGUGGAAGCCCGGUGAGGAGUGGUUGCAGGAGUUCCAAGGCAAACUGUCUCAACCUGAGGAUGAGGAGCAGUAG